AACGCCGAGCUCGGACGUCGCAGUAUCGUCAAAACAAAACUUCUCUGCCUGACAAAAAUAUUUAGAAAUUUCGCGUUUCAUCAGAAGGAGAUUGCUCAACAGUGCAUAUAAGUUUUCUGUUGUUUACUGGUUUGUAUCGUGCAAAGUUCUUUGUAAUUUGGUACGCAGUUUAAUCCUGAUUGAUCGUUAAAUCGCAAUGAGCAUGGAAAUGGAGGAAAUACUAAACGAAACGGUUCCCCAGUCCGAACUAGAGAAAUUCGAGAAAAAGUAUAAUCGCGAACUACAGAGUAAGAACCCAACACCGACAUCCCAGUUCGAGUACGCUUGGUGCCUGGUUCGGAGUAAUUACACAAAUGACAUGCGAAGCGGCAUCACACUGCUGGAAGAUCUUUGUAAAAAGAAUCCCGAAGGUAAGCGAGACUACAUCUACUACUUGGCUCUUGGCUACACGCGGCUCAAGGAGUACUCGACGGCCAUGAAAUACGUGCAAGCCUUCCUGGAAAUCGAACCCAACAACCAACAGGUCAUCACUCUUGAGGGCUACAUCAAGAAAAAGAUUGAAAUCGAAGGAUUGAAGGGUGUCGCUGUGGCCGGAGGGGCUGCUAUAGUGAUCGGUGGCAUCCUGGGGCUGGGAUUUGCCCUGGCGAAGAAAUGAAAGUAAUCGAAACCGUAAACAUAUUCUGGAUUCAUCAUUAUCUGAUCAAUGAAUAGGACUUCAAAUCAAAUUAAUUUAAUAAUUUAUCCAGGCUGUCGGAAAAUAUCACCUUUACAAAAAAAUAUGUUCGUACUGUCGCUAAAAUGCAUUAUUUUAACUGAUUCAAUAUUUUCUGUCUUCAUCAUGUGGCAGGUAUGUUUACAAAACCAAAAAAAAAAAAAAAUACUAAUACAGCAAAUGCUUGGGAAGAACUGAAGAAUGUAAAUAUGUGAAGAGAGCGAAAAGCAAAUAGCUAUAAGUUAUAAGUAUAUUGAAUGCACAUAAGCACUAAACAGGAAGAAUAGACAUAUUUAUGAUAGGA